UCAGAGUGCCUGGAAGGCACACGGGAGAAGAUACAGGCGUCUAUAGUCGAACAUCUGAAGAAAGCAGGGAACAGAUUCGUCUGGCUGCGAGGCUCACCCGGAAUGGGAAAGACUGCGAUUUCCCUGAGCAUCGCGUCCGACUUGGAGAAACAGUGCAUAUUAGCGGCAUCCUUCUUUUGGGAUAAGAAUCAACCGGGAACGGGACUUGAUUCCAUUAAACAGUUUCCCUCCACUAUUGCACAUCAACUUGCAUCCUUCAAUGAGGAGUUCAAGCUCUCACUUGUCAAACGUCUUCGGCAGCGAGGUUUUGAGCUGGUGCAGAAUCUCCCUCUAGAGAAGCAAAUGAGGGCUCUGGUUGUUGAGCCUAUG